CUGAAUGCUUUCAAAAACAUUAUGAAAAUUUCCGUCGAAACUGAUUUGCGGUUAGCACACAAAAACACAUCAUCCUUAUUCUGACAGCGCAUUUCGGAGGCAAGGAAGAACUUUCACUCCUUUCGAACAAACUGGAAGAUUCCAGGUAGCAAAAAGUAGAGCAAAUAAAUAGAACCGACGCUUGGAGAUUCAUUCAUACUUAGUACUCGGCUGCACAUACAAGAACAGCUGAAGACUGUCAAAAAAUAGCAAACCAAAGAAAAUCGAAAUUAUUGUGAGAAAUCGUUCGCUCGCUCAUAUUGGAAAAAGAAAAGCAAUGGGUGUCUUUAACAACUUUAUAUAUACAUGCAUAAUAUGUGUGGUGUUCAUGAGCAAGAAUGUGCAUAGUAAAACAGAGAACAAGACUACUAACAAUAAACCAGUCCUCAAGCAAGAAGUUGUCUCAAUUUAUAAUGAAAACUUCACUGACAUUCCCAAGGACAGGGAGCCAUAUUAUGUUAAAGUUCAACGAUGUGUCAUCGAUAAAGAUAAAAUUCCUACAUGUUCAUUAUGUUGGCCCCAACCUAUGACAUUGACAGAAGUCGAGAUUGUCGUUCCUGAUUUAAAAAACUACACAAAAUUUUACAAAUAUAUUGUAUAUAAUCACACUUCUUGUUACCUGGAAAAGAACUUAACAGCCGUGAACUUUAAUCUACACAAGAAUCUGUCUUCAAACGAAAUUAACGAAACAGAAUUUACAACAAAAGUAAAAUACAAUCCACCAAACGUGAGAACAUGUAAUGACUAUUGCAAGCAUCCACAACCUCGUUUUCAUCUGCACAGUGAAUAUACAAAGGUUGUUUUAAAUUAUCUCUUUAUCCCAUUCACUCAAUGCUUGCCUGGUUGCAAAGCAACAAAAAAGAAAACAUCAAAACACAAACCCUAG